AUGCCUGAAGCCUACCACGCGCAUCCCGACUACGGGUUCGACCGCGACUUCAAGGGGUACGGCGAGAAGGGCCUGGCCUGUCCCUGGCCCAACGACGCCAAAAUCGCCGUCUCGUUCGUGAUCAACUAUGAAGAGGGCGGCGAGAGAUCCGUCCUCCUGGGCGACGGCGUCUCCGAGACCAACCUGCGCGAGAACCCCAUGGGCGGGCCCCGCGUCAACGAGCGCAACUACAACGUCGAGUCCGAGUACGAGUACGGCUCGCGCGCGGGCUUCUGGCGCCUCUUCCGGCUCUUCAACUCGCGCAAGAUGAAGUUCACGCUCUACGCCGUCGCGCAGGCCGUCGAGGAGCAGCCCGAGGUCGCGAAGCGCUGCGUCGAGGAGGGCCACGACGUCGCCUCGCACGCGUACCGCUGGGUCGACUACCACGACUUCCCGAUCGAGAAGGAGAAGGAGUACAUCCGCAAGGGCAUCACUUCGCUGAAGAGCCUGACCGGGUACGCGCCGAAGGGGUGGUACUACGGGCGGCCGUCGCCGCACUCGCGGACGUUGAUUGCGCAGGUGUAUGAGGAGAUGGGCGAGGAGCUGGUGUGGGCGAGUGAUACGUACGCGGACGAUGUGCCGUACUGGACGGACUUGCCCCUGGAGCGGGAGAAGGAGGAUCCGAAGGGGUGCUUGAUGGUGCCGUACAGCUAUGACUGCAACGACUUCAAGUUCCACAUUACCGGGUCGGGAUUCCGCGACCCGAAUGGUUUCUACACGCACUUGAAGAAUGCCUUUGAUGUGCUGUACGAGGAGGGUCAGGAGGGUCAGCCGAAGAUGAUGACGAUUGGGUUGCAUUGCCGCAUCAUUGGACGGCCUGGUCGAUUUGCGGCGUUGCGCGACUUUGUGGAUUACAUUGCCCAGAAGGAAGGUGUUUGGGUUGCGACGAGGACGGAGAUUGCAGAGGCUUUCAAGACGAAGUAUCCUUACAAGAAGGGACAAUUGGCAUAG